AUGGCUCCGCGGAAGGACUCGCUUCCCCAUGAGACGCGCACAGCCGCUGAGCCGAGACAGAACAAGCUUCACACAGUCCGCCUGGCGCAUAUCGAACAGAUCAACCGGUCCGUCCGCUUGCUUCGGCUCUCGCUGACCCCCGAAGUGCCGCUAGGCGAAGAUACAUCCGACGAACAAAUUCCCCCCCCAGAGGACUUCUCCUUUCUCCCCGGGCAAUGGCUCGAUGUUCACAUCCCCGGCAUCUCCCAAGCAGGGGGAUUCACCAUUACGUCUACUCCAGCCGAUGCCCAGCCACUCCCAGCUCCGGAUCCGACCAUCAUCCAAGAUGGAACGGAGCAGCUGCUGCAUCAGCAGGGUGAGUUUGGGGUGCCAUCCGCAGGCUCGGAUGGAAGAUACCCUUAUGUAGAACUAGCGGUGCAGGACUCCCCUGCCAACCCAUCUGCCGCAUGGCUCUGGCGGCCUCGUGCGGAAAUUUUGGGGAAGGAUUUGAAAGUGCGCGUUGGUGGGAGCUUUGUGUGGCCUCCUGCUGCCCUAUCUAUGGAUCGGAUACGCAGGGUUGUGUUCGUUGCUGGGGGUGUUGGGAUCAACCCCCUUAUAUCUAUUCUUUCACAUCUGACCGAACCAAAACAAAACUCCACGGUCCCCUUACCAGACACAUCUCCCAAGCACCCGCUCAACAUCGAUUUUCUAUACACAACCCGCCUCCCAACAAACAACAAGACGUCACCACAGCAGCAUGACGGAUCGAUACUUGAACAAAUCCUCUUCCUGCCGCGACUACGCAACAUCGCGCAGCGUCUCACCAACGCAAAUCACCCAUCAAACAUCAAACUAACCCUCAACCUUUUCCUAACAAACACUUCCUCCUCCUCCUCAUCAUCAUCUCCUCCAGCCACAGACUUUCUAGCCAACAGUAACAAUAGUAGGACAAUCCGCGUGCACAAUCGACGUAUUAAUAAAGAUGAUCUCAAUAAUGCAACAGCCUCGCAGCGCGAUGGUGAUGGUAAGAGUGUCGCCGAAGACACGGUGUGUUAUGUCUGUGGACCACCGCCAAUGACGGAUGAAUUCGUGCAGUAUCUCGAGACUCUUGUGGGUAAGGAGAGGGUUUUGUAUGAGAAAUGGUGGUAA